UCGAUCUUUGUUUGCGGCAGAAACUUGCUAGAUUGCAAGUCGGUCGAUGUCACUUCAGAAACAAUGUCGAGACUGCUAGUAAGAAACUUAACACCGACGUCAGCUGCGCAAUUGAGUUUGAGGAAACUGGUAACAGACCCAAAAUAUGGAUUUCUAAAGCAAUUGGGCCUGGUAGCAGAAAAUCCUGGUUUAUACGAUGGCAGGUGGGGUGGAUCUGGCAAGGUAAUCGAGUCCAUAUCACCGGCAACAGGUAAAGUGAUAGCGAGGGUACGAGAAACAACGCCUCAGGAGGCAAGUAAUGCAGUCACAGAAGCUAAGAAGGCCUGGGCCCAUUGGGCCUCAUUGCCUAGCCCCGCCAGGGGUGAGAUAGUCCGUCAGAUAGGUGAUGAACUGCGUAAAAAUUUGAAACCCCUGGGACAACUCGUUUCUUUAGAAAUGGGUAAAAUUUUACCUGAAGGAAUUGGCGAGGUCCAAGAGUAUAUAGAUAUAUGUGACUAUGCCGUUGGAUUAUCGAGAAUGCUGCCCGGAAGUCUCUUACCGUCAGAACGAAAGGAUCAUAUCCUUCUCGAGAAAUGGAAUCCUCUUGGGGUCAUUGCUGUUAUAUCAGCAUUUAAUUUUCCUGUGGCUGUGUACGGCUGGAACAGUGCCAUUGCCAUGGUUUGCGGAAAUGCUAUCAUUUGGAAAGGAGCACCAACUACUCCGCUGGUUUCCAUAGCCACCACGAAGAUCGUCGCUGGAGUCCUAGAGCGUAAUGCUAUUCCUGGUUCUGUGGCUUCUCUGGUGACUGGAGGUGUGGAUGUCGGUGAUACUUUGGUUAAUGAUAAAAGGAUACCCUUGGUUUCUUUCACUGGCAGUACAAAAGUAGGAAAGCAGGUAGCACUUAAGGUACAGGACAGAUUUGGAAAAUCACUUCUAGAAUUGGGAGGCAAUAAUGCUCUAAUAGUGGCCCAGGAUGCGGAUUUAGAAAUGACUGUUAGGGCAGCAGUUUUCUCAUGCGUUGGAACUGCUGGCCAGAGGUGUACUACUACCAGAAGAUUAAUUCUGCACAAUAAAAUCAAAGAUGAAUUAUUAGGAAGACUUAAAACGGCAUUCAAAAGUAUUCUGGGAAGAAUUGGAGAUCCAUUGGAUGAUGGCACACUAUAUGGACCAUUACACAAUCAACAAGCAGUUGAUGCGUAUAAGGAAACUAUCCGUAAAGCAGUAGAGAGUAAAGGAAAAAUUGAAUUUGGUGGAAAACAAGUAGAAAGACCUGGUUUCUAUGUUGAACCAACUAUAAUUUCCGGUUUACCUAUAAAUUCGGAAGUCGUGCAACAUGAGACAUUUGCUCCGAUCGUUUAUAUAUUCGAAGCAAACUCUCUCGAGGAAGCCAUUGUUCUAAACAACAGUGUAGAACAGGGAUUAAGCAGUUCUCUGUUCACUAAAAAUGUAGCCAGCAUGUUCCAGUGGAUUGGACCGCACGGAUCAGAUUGCGGAAUCGUUAACGUAAACAUUGGUACCAGUGGAGCCGAGAUUGGCGGAGCGUUUGGCGGAGAAAAAGCAACAGGUGGUGGCCGAGAAAGUGGAAGCGAUGCUUGGAAACAGUAUAUGAGAAGGGCCACGGUAACCAUCAAUUAUGGAAGUGAACUACCCUUAGCACAGGGUAUUAAAUUUGAAUGAUCUAAUUAUAAGGAGAAACUGUAGGAUAAGUGAAUGUAAACUGAGACGAAUGUAAAAAUAUUUUUAUUACCACGAUAUACAUAGAAAAAAACUUAAGAAGAUAAAUCGAAACGUAUAAAGUCAA